AUGACCAGUCCCACGCCAGAUUCCCCUCAAUCUCCGGGUCCAAACACGCCAGCCCAAAAGAAUCGAGCCUGUGACCGCUGUCGUCGGCGAAAAGCAAAGUGCGACUUUACAGAGGGCGAGCGUUGCACCAGCUGCAGGGAGUCAGGCACACAAUGCACCUUCAACCUCCCCCUCGCCCGUCGCGGCCCCAAAAUCCGCUCCAGAAAACCAGCCAGUUCCACAGCGGAAUUACCGCCUCCCCAGUCGUCACAAUGGGAAACCAACACUGUCGAUCUCGGACUCUCGCCGCCUUUGCUGGUUAGCGGUGAUGUAACGAGUCACCAGCGCUGGCAGAAUUUAUCGCGAGCGCUAGCGUUCAUUACGAACGAUCUGCAGCAAUUUGUUACGCGAUGCUUUGAUCUCUUUUUUGAGUACCUCUACCCGCUUACGCCGCUGGUUCAUGAACCGAGUUUGAGGGACUCGCUUUCGUAUUUUGGGCAGUAUCCUUCUGAGAAUUUUAGUACAGGGGUUUUGGAGCUCUGGCCGGAGACGACGUUUACUUUGAUCACUGCUGUUUGCGCCGAGGCAGCGUUCCUAUUGCCGAAGGAUUUGUUCCCAGAGGGUCAAUCGGUGGCCGAUAUCUUUCUCAAUGCCUCGAGGUCAUGCCUCAAUCAGUACCUUGAGGCCGAGUUGGAGAAUCCGAAUGCCAACUCAAUCACCAUUCGCUAUUUUCACUCUAAUUGCUUACAUGCCGCGGGGAAGCCCAAGUACUCGUGGCAUAUUUUUGGAGAAGCAACGCGACUUGCGCAAGUUAUGCAAUUAAACCUCGAAACUUCGCUUGAGGGCUUGCAACCGAUUGAAGCUGAGUUACGACGUCGAGCUUUCUGGAUCGUGUACAUGGGCGAUAAAUCAGCUGCCAUCCUGAACAAUCGACCCAUCACGAUCCACAAAUUCUCAUUCGAGUCGGGAAUAACCACGUCGUAUCCUUCUGGCAUCGAGGACGAAGCUCCUGUUCUCUCCCCUGGCAAUCUCGUCACGAAUUCUGAUGUCGUGCGGAUAACUUGCAUUGAAGGCUUCAACGCCAAUUUGCGACUCUGGCAAAAUGCAUCUGAUCUGCUCCUCGAGUUGCGACUAAUGCAGGACCGAAACCAACAAGAUCUAACCAUGUCAAACCUUCAGCCAUUGAUCAGCGCCCAGGAAAAGGAUCGACUGGACGCUCUUUAUGUCAGGUUCAUCACCUGUCUCGAUGAUCUACCACCAUAUCUGCAGUCGUACACAUUCGCUGCCUUGGCCGAUGAGUCAAGGGAAACUACCAAACAAUUCCUCAUCCAAUGCGCUAAUCUUCAGGUCUCCAUCCAUUGUUUAAGGAUGGUGAUAACGCAAAAGUUGGAGAAUCUUCCGUACUAUAAAUCGGACAUUGGGCACUCGGAUUUGCGCAAAACGGAGAUCGCGAGAGAUAUGCUGCGGGUGAUUCAAGAAGCUCCGUUUUGGUCACUCCAAGUCAACGGCGAGCCUUAUGUCGAGAAGAUACGGCUCACUGGUGCGAGUCUUCUGGAAAUCAUUCACAGAAAUGGGUCUUCACCUAUCGCUGCUAGAGCGCGUAGCGACUUUGCCGUUCUCCUUGAUCUGCUCACGAGACUGGACUCCAAGGCCUCCGAUGCAUUGAGAAAUACCUCUUCAUUGAUACACUAG